GACUUCUUCUCUACUGGGGAGAUAUUGAGGCAAAUUAAUCAUUCUGUUAUUGCUUUAAUUCCUAAAUUGCCUAGUGUUACCUCAGUGGCUGAUUUCAGGCCAAUUUCUUGUUGUAAUGUCAUAUACAAGGUCAUUUCUAAAAUUCUGGCUACCAGAUUGGCUGCUGCUUUACAGAGUAUUAUUAGUCCUGCCCAAAAUGCUUUUCUGGGAGGUAGGAAGAUGACUGAUAACAUUAAUUUGGUGCAAGAACUACUUAGGCAGUAUGGCAGGAAAAGGGCUUCUCCUAGAUGUUUGGUUGUUAGUUUAAUUAUGAAAUGUGUUGAAUCCACCUCCUUCUCUGUGUCAGUUAAUGGGAACUUGUAUGGCUUCUUUCAAGGCAAGAGUGGAAUUAGGCAAGGGGACCCCUUUAUCUCCUUAUUUAUUUAUCACUUGCAUGGAAUACUUCUCCAGAAUGGAAUUGUGCAGUUUUGGCUUAGCAUAUUUCCCAUGCCAGCUCAAGUUUUAAGGCAGAUUACUAGAAUUUGCAGGAACUUUCUUUGGAAUGGCAACGUUUUUGAAGGGGAAUUCUGCUCUGGUGGCUUGGAGGACAGCACAAAGGUGUUAAAGUCUCUUGGGAAAGAGUGGUUUGGGAGCAUUGGUCUCUGCCUAGAUACAUCUGCUUUCUUGGGUCAGGAUGGAGGGUUAUCUCCAGUUCAGACUGUUUGGUUGCUGCUUGAAGAAGAAAUGGGGGUAGCUUGGUUAUUUAUGGACCUGAUUUGCUUAUUCAUAAGGAUUGCUGGUUUGGGCUUCUGCUCUGGAUUGGCCCUCUGCUGUCUGGACCACUCUGGACUAUCCUGGGUUUAUGACUCACAUCUAUUCUGGCUUAUUGCUGCAGCUGUGCCUAACUGGAUGCUAGAUAGUCCUGGGUGGAUUGGUUCUCUUGCUUGA